AAACAAAUAAUUCAUAGAUGAAGGAGGCAUUAUUAACAUUUAAGUCAUUAUUCAAAGGGAGAUCGGUCAUACAUAGAGUUCAACCAUUCUCAGAUUUGGAAGAACCCAUCAUGAAAAGGGAGAAGGUUUUUAUAUAUCAUAUAUUAUUAUACUUUCUGGAUGAGGUUACACAGAUUAGUAUGUAAUUGGAAAGAGAUUUAAUAACUUUUGAGAGAAAAUCUUUAAGCGUUUAAUAGAAUAAAGGUAUAUUUACUGAGAUAGAAUUAUAACAUAUACAUUUUAAAUGAAGAAAAAAGAAGGUUGAUAAAGUAAGUUGAGAAUUUUAGGGUGAAGUUUUUAAUAAUUAGAAUAACUAUAAUUAAGAAUGAUGAAGGAAUAGAAUUAGUCUAUGGUUAGGGAGGAAAGAAUAACUUGAUUCUAAGGAAGAUGUUAUAAUAUGAAUAACAAGUGGAAAAGAUGUAGUCAGAAUAAAAAAAAUUUGUAUCUAUGAAACUAAAGGCAUAAAUCAAAGUCCUGGAAGAGUCAAUAGUGAGGUAAAUAAAUGAAAAAGAAACUUUAGCUCAUCUUUUAAAAUAAAGAAGUUAUGAAAGUAAGGCCAAAUAGUCAACAGAAAACUUAAGGAAGCUCCAAAGAUGUAGUAUAACUAUUCACAAAUGAUUGGCCAUUGUAUCGUGAUGAUUAAGAACUAAUUCUUUAAUCC